AUGAUCAAUGUCAUGUUUCGCCGGUUGUUUACGACCACCAUCCGCAAUCCGCACGACAAUCCGCUUGGGUUACCAAAAAACAACUCUCGUCCCGCACCUCAAAUACCUAGAAGAGCUGGAGGAAUAGAACCAAAGCGAUCCAUACCCAACGUCCACCACGUCCUCCUGGUCUCAUCAUGCAAAGGUGGCGUAGGUAAGUCCACCAUCGCAGCCAACGUCGCCACUGCGCUCUCUCUGCUACCCAGUCGUCGAUUGCGGGUGGGUCUCCUGGAUCUAGACAUAUUCGGACCUUCUAUACCUACUCUUAUGGGUCUCAAACACGCUCAAGAACCAGAGGUUUCGACUUCUUCUGGUGCUCUAUUACCGGUUACGAAUCAUGCCGUUCCGACGAUGUCUAUGGCGUAUCUUCUUCCGAGGUCGCAAGGUUCACAAGAAGAUACACCCGUAGUAUGGAGGGGUUUGAUGGUUCAAAAAGCCGUUCAACAGCUGUUAUUCCAAGUAGACUGGUCGUUUGAGGGUAAAUACCCCCCUUUGGACGUCCUUGUUGUGGAUUUACCACCUGGAACGGGGGACAUACCGCUAAGUGUGGGGCAGCUAGUAAAAGUCGAUGGCACAAUCCUGGUAUCAACCCCGCAAGACGUCUCACUCUCAGAUACACGACGGGGAAUAUCUAUGCUGCGUAAACUGGAAAUUCCGCUAACCGGGAUAGUCCUCAACAACGCCUAUUAUCUCUGCCCGACGUGCAAGGACCCCAACCCACAGUACAUAUUCGGGCCUCCCGCUUCCUUUCAUAAUACUGCCAGGUCUCUUUCUCUUCCCGUUCUCGCGGAACUUCCUCUCGUUCCAGGUGUGAGCAUAUCGGGCGACCGAGGUGUGCCAUAUAUGCUUAUCGCAAGCCAAGACGAAGACGGAAAAGGAAGUACCCAAUGGCGUGACAGAAUGAAAGCUGUUGUCAGUCAAACCUGGGAAGACAUUCAGGCGAAGAGGAAAGCUCGAGAAUCAAGCUAAAGUCAUAGU